GACUUGAAGCUCUGGGAGCGAGAGAAGUUUCUGCAAGGAGAGGAGCCUUUGGCCGUCUUCAGUGGUGACGAAGUCUUCCCGGAGUAUCAUCUCGAGGGUGUAUCGUUGGGAACAGACUACGUUCUGCAAGUGCGAUGCCACAACGAAGCCACUCUGACUCAAUGUUCGAAGUCUUUGCAUUGUUGGGGUGGGACUUUGUACCGUCAUGGCUGA